AUGGCAUCACCGGCUAGUGUUUUAUCCGAUCGUAGUUUAGCUCACCACUCCGGUAGAGUAAGCAACGAUUCUUUAAUUAUAAGAGGAAAUUUGGUCAGGUCACAAAGUAAGGCGCAACCAAAGACGCCAACAAAUAAUUCGCAAUAUGUUCCUUCGGUACUACCCGGGGAGGAAAGUAAGCCGCGCAUGGUUAUCGACAAAAUGGUUCUGGUUAAUUUCAAGUCGUAUUUUGAUCGUCAAUCUUUCUCCUCCAUCGUUGGACCCAAUGGCUCGGGAAAAUCCAAUGUCAUCGAUGCCCUUUUAUUUGUAUUUGGAUAUAGAGCAAAUAAAAUGCGACAAGGCAAACUAUCAGAGCUCAUUCACUCGUCACAAGGGCACGAGAACUUGGAUUACUGCACUGUUGAGGUGCAUUUCAAAGAAAUAUAUGAUUUGCCCGGCCAAGAUAAUUUCGAGAUUGUCCCUAAUUCAGAACUGGUCAUCUCGCGUCAAGCAUUUCGAAACAAUUCGAGUAAAUAUUUUAUCAACGGGCGUCCAAGCAAUUAUACUGAAGUGACGUCUUUGUUGAAAGAAAGAGGAAUAGACUUAGAUCACAAACGUUUUUUGAUAUUGCAGGGUGAAGUUGAAUCUAUAUCACAGAUGAAACCAAAGGCACCUAAUGAACAUGAGGAUGGACUUUUAGAAUAUCUUGAGGAUAUAAUAGGGACAUCCAAGUACAAAGAACCUAUUGAAAAGUCUAGUCAAAAAGUUGAACAGUACAACGAAGAACGUUCAGAAAAAUUACACCGAACAAAAAUUGUAGAAAAGGAAAAGCAGAGUCUAGAGGCUAAGAAGAAAGAAGCCGAAGAUUUUCUUCGAGAGGAAAAUGAAUUGUCGAUUAAAAAAUCCACGUUAUAUCAGAAGCAACUUCUAAACCUCAAGAACGUUAUUGACAUUAAUACCAAGAUGGUGGACCAAUUGAGCAACGAACUUAAAAUAGAACAGGAAAAACAUGCUCAGACCCAUCAAGAAUAUGAGAUUCUCGAAAAUUCAUAUGCAAAUUCUUUAAAGGAAUAUGGUUCUCUAGAAAGAGAAGCCGACCUGGUUCUCAAAGAAAAAGCAAAAUUUUGUCGUGAAACUAUUCAUCUUGAAGAAAAAAAGAAGCAUGCACAAACAAAACAAAAGAGGUUGCUAAAAACCAUGCAGAAUGAGCGUCAUGCUCUUUCCGAGGCAAAAACAUCCAUUCGAUACAAUGAAGAUGAUUUGGUUAAAAGAAAACAGGAGAUUAAACGUUUAGAGGAGUCGUUGGAGGCCGAAGAGAGGGAGUUGGAAGUAAUUCGCGAAAGUCUUAAGGGUAAGACGGAGAUUUUUACCGCAAAAAUUGAGGAGAAACAAAGAGAGUUAGCACCAUGGAUAGAGAAAAUUAAUUCGAAACAAUCCGCCAUUGAUGUUACCCAAUCCGAAUAUAAUAUACUCAAUGAUAAAAUUGAUUCUAUAAAGCAAAAUUUAGAACAAGCCGAGAAAGAUAUUGUUUCCCUUGAAGAAACACGUCGCUCAAAGGAACAUGAGAUAAAGGCUUCUAGGAAUCAAAUUAGUCUUGAAAAAAAAGAAAUUGAAAAAAUUGAAGCUAUGCUGAAAGAUUCUGACAAUAUUCAAGAGGAAAUUAGAGCUCGUCUUUCAGAUGCACGACAAAAAGAGAACGAGGCGAAAACACUUUUGCAAUCAUCUCAGUCCAGGGGGCAAGUGCUUUCCAGCUUAUUGAAACUCAAAGACAGCGGUCGCAUCAAGGGCCUUUAUGAUCGAUUGGGAAACCUCGGAGUUAUAGAUGAUAAAUAUGAUGUCGCGAUUUCUACUGCAUGUCCGGCACUCGAUCACAUAGUGGUGGAUUCAGUUGAGGCUGGGCAAAAUUGUAUUGAAUAUCUUAAGAGAAAUAAUUUAGGGCGUGCGCAUUUCAUUCUCUUAAAUCAACUUUCUUCAAAAGAUAUGAGUCCAAUCUCAACACCUGAGGGCAUUCCUCGACUGUUUGAUCUUGUUAAACCUAAGGAGGAAAAAUUCGCACCAGCUUUUUACAAGGUUUUACAAAAUACUCUUGUAGCAAAAGAUCUGCAACAGGCAACUAGGAUUGCUUACGGCAAGCAAAGAUGGCGCGUAGUUACCUUAGAAGGUCAACUCUUUGAUCUAGUUGGUACCAUGAGUGGAGGUGGUAAUAGAGUUAUUCGUGGAGGCAUGAGUUCAAAAUUUGUUUCGGAUGUGACUCCCGAAAUGAUUUCUAAGUUGGAGAGGGAACGAUUUGAUUUGGAAAACAACUGGAAAGAAUUUAAUGAAAAACGCAAAGCGUAUGAAAGUCGGCUUCAACAACUCAAACAAGAACUACCCCUGAUGGAGGUUAAUUUAUCAAAAUUAGAAAUGGAUUCAAGCUCAUGCGUUAAACGCAUUACCGAUGCCCAGAAACUCAUCUCGGAAUUGCGACAACAGAAUAAACCAAAUGUUGAAGAUCGAAAACGAAUGCAACAACUUAAAGGGGAAAUCGAUAAAUUGAAUCUGGAAUUGACUAAUCUCAAGAGUCAAUCUUCAAAGAUAGAGGGCGAAAUAGGAAUGCUGCAUGAAAAGAUUUUGCAAGUCGGUGGUGAUAAGCUUCGUGCCCAAAAGAUGAAAGUAGACUCGAUAAAAGAACAAAUAGAUAUGACUAAUGAUCAUAUCACGAAAGCCCAAGUUGCAAAAUCGAAGGCCGAAAAAGAUGUAACCAAAUUUGAAAAUUCAAUUGCUAAAAAUGAAGGUGAAAUAGAACAGCUUAACCAAGAAAUGCAAGACUUAGAAGGCAGUAUUCGACAGAAUACAGAAUUAUCAAGGUCUAUCGAGAUCCGAGUUGAAAGAAUAAAAGAGGCAUGUUAUCUGUAUAAUUGUUCUAAUUGCUUUAGGCGAGCCGAUCUGGAAGAAAAGAAAGAAGCGCUAGAUGAAAUGAAAGCAGAACGCGACAGUAAAGCAACUAUAAUUAAUAACACCCGGGCCAUCCAGUUAGAAAUUAAAAAUAAACUUGAAAAUAACGAGCGCAGCUUGUUGGAAAAUAGGCAUAAGGAAAAACACCUAGUAAACUCUCUCAAAAAGCUCACCCUUCACGAAAUAAGUGAAGAUGAGAGACAACCUGAAUUUCCAACUUAUACGGAGGACGAACUUAAAUCAAUCGAUGAAGAAAACUUGAAAAAUGAAAUCGAAGUUCUUAAUGAAAAGAUUCAGAGUGCCAGCCCUAAUCUAAACGUUUUGGCGGAAUACAAGCGUUGUGAAGAAGAAUAUCUUUCCAGGGCAAGAGACCUUGAAGAAGUCACCCGUAUGCGUGACGAAUGCAAAAAAGAGUAUGACGAUCUUCGUAAAUUGAGAUUAGAAGAGUUUAUGCAUGGGUUUACAUUAAUAUCCCAAAAAUUGAAGGAGAUGUAUCAGAUGAUUACGCUUGGGGGUAAUGCUGAGCUUGAAUGUUGUGAUAGUCUAGAUCCCUUUUCUGAAGGUAUUAUAUUCAGCGUUAUGCCUCCGAAAAAAAGCUGGAAAAAUAUCUCUAAUUUAUCCGGCGGAGAAAAGACGUUAAGCUCUUUAGCUUUGGUGUUUGCUCUUCAUCAUUUUAAACCAACUCCACUAUACGUGAUGGAUGAGAUUGAUGCUGCCUUGGAUUUUCGCAAUGUUUCAAUCGUGGCAAAUUAUAUCAAAGAACGUACCAGAAAUGCACAAUUCAUUGUCAUUAGCUUACGGAAUAACAUGUUCGAGUUGGCUGACCGCUUAGUGGGAAUUUACAAGACAAAUAAUAUG